AUGACGACCGCUGCCCAAGAAGAAUUCAACGAGUUGAUCUCGAAGAACACUCCGCGCGAAACUAUUCACCCAGAAGACCGUAACGACCCUAACCUGAGACACCAGGAAGAUCUGGAAGAAGAAGACAUAUAUCGCAACAACCAGAUUGACGCAGCGAUGCGCGCCCCUACAAACAACGACCAGGCAGCCCUGAGACUACCCCCCGCCUCAUUCGACAGUGGUCGAGCAACAGGUGUCAAGGGUGUCAUUGCCGAUGCUCGAAAUUUCGAGGCGGCCCGCCGGACCAAGUGGAGGAGCAAGGCACACGCUGUUCGCCGAAGCAUCUUCGGCCUCGACGGCACCCCCUAUAAUGCUGGCAAGAACGAGAGUGAGAGUGAGGAGGACACACACAGCGGAAGCGACAAGGACGAUGAUUCUUUCCUUGCACAGUGGCGUGAGAGCCGUCGACGUGAACUCGAGUCCGAAAAUGCGGGCAGCAGUAUUAGAACUCGCAGGACGAGCCCCAGUGUGAGGGAGUACGGAAGAUUUGACGAGGUGGAUGCGAUGGGUUACCUGGAUGCCAUUGAGAAGGUUGCACGAGACACAACAGUCGUUGUCUUUGUAUACGACAAUGAGUGUGAGGUAUCAGCUACCAUUGAGGCUGCCCUGGUGCCGCUUGUUCAUAAGCACCGCACCGUGCAUUUUGUCAAGGUCCACUACGACGAGAUCGAGUUUGACAAUGCCGCCGUUCCUUCAGUCUUGGCCUACAGACACCAAGGCAAUCUCGUGGCCAAUUUGACCGGCAUCAUCGAGAUGAUUCCUGAAGACGAACCUUUUACCACCAACUCCCUCGCUAAGCUAUUCCAGCGCCAUGGUAUCUUUUGA